AUGAAGUACAUCCACUCUGAGGAAGAGCUCGAGAUCCCCGAGGGCGUCAAGGUCCAGAUCAAGAACAGAAAUGUUCUCGUUGAGGGCCCUCGCGGCAAGCUCACAAAGUCUCUCGGUCACUUGGCGGUCAGCUUCACGCACCCCAAGAAGAACCUCAUCAAGAUCGAGCUCCACCACGGUUCCCGCAAGAGCGUCGCCACCCUCCGCACUGUCCGCACCCUGAUUAACAACUUGAUCAUCGGUGUCACCAAGGGUUACAAGUACAAGAUGCGUUACGUAUAUGCCCAUUUCCCCAUCAACGUCAACCUGGACAAGAACAAGGAGACCGACUGCUGGGAGGUUGAGAUCAGGAACUUCAUCGGCGAGAAGCUCGUACGAAGGGUCGUCAUGAGGCCCGGUGUUGAGGUUGAGGCAUCAAAGAACCAGAAGGAUCAGCUCGAGCUGUCCGGAAACUCGCUCGAGGACGUCUCCCAAGGUGCCGCCGAUAUCCAGCAAAUCUGCAAGGUCCGCAACAAGGAUAUCCGAAAGUUCUUGGACGGUCUGUACGUGUCGGAGCGCGGCAACAUCGUUGAGGACGCGUAA